AUGUACCUGAGGCGUGUUGCCCGUGCCCCUUACCUGCUCCGUGCUGGGAUCUGGCAGCACCCUCAGGGGCGGAGACGAUCUGGCUGGUGCCGUUAUAAAGCUGUGAUCUUUGACGCAGACGGAGUGCUCCUCCCGUCCCCUUACAAGACAGCUGCGGACUGGGAGGCCCGGAAUUGGAUUCCUGCCGGUACCAUCCAGCAAGCUAUCCUCUCUGGAGGGGAAAACAGCCCCUCCCUGAAGUACACAAGAGGAGAGCUGACGACUGUGGAGUUUUUGCAGGAAUUGGGACAGCAGUGCUUUGAGAUUGCAAAUGUCUCUGUUCCAGUGGACUCCUUUCUAUCAGACUUAAUCAGAAAUGAGAUGAUAAAACAGCUCCCCAUAAUGGCAGAAGCAGUACAGUGUAUCCGUGCCAGAGGUCUUAAGACAGCUCUUCUAAGCAACAACUCCUGCCUGCUGAAUGGAGAGAGCUUUCUGCCCCUGGACCGAGAGCACUUUGAUGUGAUGGUCGAAUCUUAUCGGGAGGGAACGCGCAAGCCAGACCCUCGUAUCUACAAGCUGUGCUUGGACCUCUUGGGUGUUCAGCCCCAGGAAUCCAUCCUCCUUGACAACAGCAGCCAGAACCUAAAAGCAGCAGCCCAGCUUGGCAUUAAAACAGUGAAGGUUGAUGAUCCAGAAGUAGCACUCAAAGAGCUGGAAGCCUAUCUGGGUUUUCCUUUGCAAGGGUUUGUUCCAUAUACCCAUUCAGUGAGACCAGACAUGGAAAUCCCAAAAGACCGUCUGCAGAAGUACCUUGGAAAUGUUCUUGGUGACCACACAACAGGCCCACUAGUGUUACAGCAGUUUGGCCACAGACAUUCUACUCGGACCUAUUUCAUCAAGUUUGGAGAUCGCUUGUUUGUGCUGAAGAAGGAGCCUGCUGACAGCCCACUUCCCUCCAGCCCCGCCGUCAGAAGGGAACACGGCUCUCUGACUCACCCUGGCAGGGUACUGAAGGCACUCGCUGAGGCUGGUGUUCCUGUUCCCACUGUACUUGCUCUCUGCGAGGACAGAAGCACCCUUGGCACGCCUUUCUACCUGAUGGAGCACUGCGCUGGCCGUGUCUACAGUGACGCCUCCCUCCCCACGCUGCAGCCUGGCCAGCGGAGGGCCAUUUAUGCUGCCAUGAAUCGAGGCCUCUCACAGAUCCACAGCGUGGACCUCAGAGCAGCCAAGCUGGAGGACUUCGGGGAGCAUGGUAAUUACAUUCAACGGGAAGUUGAGACCUGGACGAAACAGUAUCGAGCUAUGGAAACUCGUAUUAUCCCAGCGAUGGAGAGACUCAUUGAGUGGCUGCCUCUGCAUUUUCCUGAAUCUCAGAAAACGACAGUUGUGCAUGGUGAUUUCAGGAUGGACAACUUGGUCUUUCAUCCAGACAGACCAGAAGUCCUUGCUGUCCUUGGCUGGAAGUUUUCAACUCUAGGAGAUCCCAUCUCUGAUUUGGCGAAUAACUGUAUGGCCUUCUUCCUGCCACCUCAUUUUAGUGCACUAAGAGGCUUGAGGAAGUGUGAUUUGGGGCGGCUGGAAAUUCCCACGGCAAAGGAGUAUUCCCAGACGUACUGUGACCAUAUGGGAGUGGAGCAUCCCGAGAACUGGAAUUUCUACAUGGCCUUUGUCUUCUUCCGACUGGCUGCAAUGCUGCAGGGACUCUACAAAUGCUCUCUGGCAGGGGACCAUGGCCCAGACAAAAGCAGCCCGGAUGAUGCAGAGUUCGUGGCUGACCUGGCCUGGGAGUUUGCCAUAAAAGAAGGAUUCCGUGUGUUUGACAGCAUUCUCACCACAAAGCCUCUCGCACGAUGUUACAGCACUUGGGCCAGACAAGGGCCGUUCCUCAGCAGGAGCUACAGUACUCGGCCAUGUCCUGUGCCCAAAGUCCCCCUGGUCAUUCCCCCCACCAGCCCGCUGGAGAUGGCCCAGGGUCUUUACUGCAAGCUGGAAAAGAUCGUGGGCAUCCAGUGGGGUUUUCAGAUUUCCCAGCACAGUUGGGUCCCAGGUCCUCUUCUAGAACUGAAGGGGCUGUCCCUGCAGACGUCCCCAUCAGCAAACAGUCGCCUGCUCAGCGAUAAG